AUGGCUGAUUUUGCAAAGGAUCCUGCUCUCAACGCAGCAUUAUCUGCACCAUGGGCGUUUCUCUGCCCUACAUCAGAAUUAAACGAUACCAUAGUAGGAUCGGCAAAAUUCUUCCUGGACUCUCUUGCUCUUUCGAUUAGUGACGCGCAGUCCGCCCGCCAACGACAAAAUAGGAAACGCAAAAGAUGCGAGGCAAACCUAGACCAAAACACCGAAGUAUUGCAGUUAAAGCAGUUGUUCGUUGAGGGAUUUGGCUCCGAUCAGAUCUGGGAGCAAGCACUUAGGAUUCUUGACUCUGCUGGACAGGAAAUCCAACGCGACUGUACAUUAAGUAAUCGACAUGCUGGCCACUCUUUAUCAGAUGAAGGUAUUACAUCUUUCGAAGGCUCGGAUUUUGCGGCUGAAAGUUCCGAGAACAGCGAGCUAGAGAGUCAUCUAGAGGGUACCAGGGACCUGUCAGAUGUCGAUGAGGAAGUCAGUAUGGCGUUGGAUCUAGAUCAGGGCGACUCGAUACAUGAUGCAUUGGACUCCCGGAGUAUUGACGAGACUUUGGGCGAGGAAAGCGAAUCCAGUGAAACUGGUAGUGACGGAGAACAACCCGGCACUUACACAGAGGACCCUUUUGGGUUGAAUGAUGGGUUCUUCUCAAUUGACGAUUUCAACAAACAAUCAGAACUGUGGGAAAGACAAGACGCUCGGGGCGGCCCAGAUGAUGAAUCUGAAAGUGACGAGGAAGUUGACUGGCAUGCCGAUCCCCUCGCCACUGGGAACAUUAGCGCUUCUUUGAAUAAAACACCACCGUCAAAUGAGACCGACAGGGGUGUCAAGGAUCAAAGUAUGGGUGAUGAUGAUGAUGAUGAUAAUGACACAAGUGAUGAGGAAGGACCAACAUUCAACAAUGUCAAUCUUCAGGAUGGACUAGAUUCAGAUACAGAUGAUGCAUAUCCUGGUACUGCACAAGGGGCGGAUUGGAUCAAUACUAGUGAUAUCAAGUAUUCUGACUUUUUUGCGCCGCCACCCCGCAAGUCUACGACCAAAAGGUCACGUCCGCUCCCAAAAACCCAACCAGUUGCUGCGAUUAAUAAUAACGAUAUAGACCGUGCAAUGGCCGAUGUACGGCGCGAUUUAUUUGAGGAUGAUGCUUCAAUUGAGAACAGUGAUAUAUCCGAUGGUGAACUAGGUGAACCUGAAACCCAAAAAUCUACACACGAGAAACAACGCGCACGAAUCGCCGAUGAGAUUCGUCGCCUGGAAGCUGCCAACGUUGCAAAGAAAGAAUGGAUGCUUGCUGGUGAAGCUAAAGCCGCAGAGAGACCCGUGAACUCGCUUAUUGAGGAAGAUCUUGAAGUGGAAAGGAUUGGAAAGCCUGUACCUGUGGUUACUGCGGAGGUCUCCGAAGACAUCGAAGGCCUUGUUAAGCGUCGGAUCCUUGCCAGGGAAUUUGAUGAAGUUAUCCGCCGCCGCCCUGGUAUCACUGAUAGCCAAGUUGCGAGAAAGAGUCGCUUUGAGCUUGAGGAUUCUAAAGCUCAACAGAGCCUUGCAGAGCUAUAUGAGACUGAUCACCUCCGAGCUACUGAUCCUAACUAUGUGGAUCCUAAGAAUCAGAAGCUUCUGCGCGAACACAAUGAGAUCAGUAAUCUAUGGAAAGAAAUAAGCUCACAAUUGGAUACCCUCUCGAACUGGCACUAUAAGCCCAAAACCCCACACGCACACAUCAACGUUGUUACCGAUGCGGCAACUAUUAUGAUGGAGGAUGCGCAACCAACAGCCGGAGGUGCUGUUGGUAGUGCAGCAACUCUUGCCCCCCAGGAGAUCUAUACACCUGGGGCUGACGGCAAGGCUUCUGGGGAAGUAGUUUUGAGGAACGGAUUGUCAGUUUCCAAAGAGGAAAUGACCCGUGAAGAGAAGUCAAGAUUACGGCGACAACACAAGAAGCAAAAGAAAACUACCACCAACGAUAAAAACCGACAGUCAGGAAAGGCAGCUGAGAGGCAACAAAUUGUGUCGGAUUUGAAAAAGGGUGACGUGAAAUUGGUUGGAAAGCAAGGAGAAGUCACGGAUAUCCAUGGCCAAAAACUAACCGGAACGGGUCCAAGGAGUGGUGCGGAUGCACUAAAGCUGUAG